AUGCACCAAAGACUAACCAAAGGAGAUGUUUUAAGCCUGUACCGAAGGAUGCUCAAGCAAUCCUUGCUGAUACCCACUGCUCAAAAGAGAGAAAAUUUGAUACAAGAAAUUCGUUCUAAUUUUCGGAAGUAUAAACCUGUUACGAAUGAUGAGAUGAUAGAAGAGUUAUGGAAGAAGGCUCUAGAUAAAUACGGAUAUAUUUGUAUGAUCACUCCAAAGAGAGUGCAUACGGAAUCACAACAUAUUUCUGCAAAAACACAAUUCGUUAAAGUAGACGGCGAAUGGAAAGAUGUAAACCAACUCGCAUCCGAUGACAUUCAAAAACAAGACAAAGCAGCACAUAGUAAUUGGGGAAGAGGAAAUUUAGAUCCUGACCAAGUGAAACGACAUGAGUACUUGGUGAGAAGACAAAACUUUAUGGAGGGACCACUAAAAGGCUAUCGACCCGUUUACGAAAGAAACUGGCUUGGUGAUGAUUAA